AUGAAUAUCUUAUUAUUAUUAUUAAUUGAUAUAAAAGUAAACAUUGUCUUCUCACAACCAAAUGAUCCACAACUUCGAAAACUUCUACAAUAUCAUAAUGAUCUUAGACGUAAUUUAACAGAAUGUAAAUUUGAAGGACAACCUCCAGCGAAAUAUCUGCCAGAUCUUAAAUGGGAUAAUGAACUAGCUUCAAAAGCUAAAGAUUUAGCAAAUGAAUGUUAUUUUCAUCAUAAUGAUGUGAAUUUACCGCAUAAAUGGGAAUAUGUUGGUCAAAAUAUAGCAGGAUAUCAAACAGUUGAACAAGCAUUCGAUGCAUGGAAAGAUGAAUAUAAACAGUAUAGUUAUUAUUCAAUGAGUUGUUAUGGUGUUUGUGGACAUUAUACUCAAGUAAAUUAA